AUGACGGAAAUAACUGAGGUUGAGGCUCAGAACCCGGAGCAACAUCCCCCUGGGACCAGCAGCGGAGGGUGUGGACUCCCACAGACCAAGCUCCAGCGGUUUCGUCGUUCUAUCUCUCUGAAGACGAUUCUCCGAAGUAAGAGUGUGGAGAAUUUCUUCCAACGCCCAAACAGUGAAACCAAGAUUCCUUCAGAUGUGCUCCUCAGCCCCCCUGUCCCCCCACCUCCCCCUUCUCCACCUAUACCCACUGAUGCUCCCCCUCAAUCUGAGCAGCCCCCUCACCCAUGCCAUAAGCCCUUGUCUGUCCUGCAGCCUGUGCGCACUCACAGCUUCCAGGAGCACAUGUUCAAGAAGCAGUGCUCAUGUCAUCUUUGCCAUCAGAUCAUUGUAGGUAACUCAAAGCAGGGUCUUCGCUGUAAAAUGUGCAAGAUCGGGGUCCAUCUCUGGUGCUCAGAGGAAGUUUCUCACCAGCAAUGUCUGGGAAAGACGUCUACUUCUUUUCGACGUAAUUUCAGUUCCCCAUUACUGAUCCAUGAACCGCAUAAUAGCCCAAAGGAAACACCCCCACCUACUGCUGGUCCUAGAGGUAGAGUGGACCCUGUUUACGAGACCCUGCGUUAUGGGACCUCACUUGCCCAUAUGAAUCGCUCAAGUUUUAGCAGCUUGUCUGAGUCACCUACCCGUAGCCUUAAUGAACAUGAGGAGAGGCCAGAAGACCCAGAGGGAAGUAUUCAAAGCAGCGAGGAAAGCCCCAGCCACCCAGAGAUCCCAGCAGAGAACGAAGUUACAGUAUGUGAGGAUUCCAGAAGUGUAUCAAUUUUAGCAACUAGUGGUCGGGCCAGGAAGGAUAUUUCUCCUAUGUAUUGCUACGUGGCACUCUACAAAUUCUUGCCUCAGGAACUAAAUGACCUUUCUCUACAGUCUGGUGACAGAGUUAUAGUGAUGGAUGAUUCCAGUGAGGACUGGUGGAAGGGGAAAUGUGGGGACCGGACUGGAUUCUUCCCAGCAAACUUUGUACAAAGGGUCCGUCUGGGGGAGACAGUAUGGAGGAGCAUAAAGACCUUUCAUGGAGUCAAAGAGCAAGGACAGCUCAGUUUGAAGGAAGGACAAAUCUGUGUUGGUGUUGGAAAACCAGAAUCUGAAGGACUCAUUAGAGUAUCCAGUGGGAAGAAGAGGGGACUGGUGCCCCAGGACUGCUUAGAAGAGAUCUAA